UGUAGGCACAGGCUGCUAUCCGAACACAGCAGCACUCCCGAGCACUGGGUACCCAGCACUGAGCAGAUCUAUUCUUUGAACUGAAAAUGAUGAGCACUAACAAGAGUUUGCUCCUGGCUGCUUUGAUGUCAGCACUACUGCUCCAUCUCUGCAGCAAGUCAGAAGCAGCAAGCAACUUUGAUUGCUGCCUUGGAUAUAGAGAGCAAGCCCUUCAUCCCAAAAUGAUCGUGAACUACACAGAGCAGCGGGCCAAUGAAGCUUGUGACAUCAAUGCAAUCAUCUUUCACACAAGGAGAAAAUUAAAUGUGUGUGCGGAUCCAAAGAAGAAAUGGGUGAAACACGUUUUGCGCAUACUCAGCUUCAGAGCAAAGAAGAUGUGAAAACGGAUGCUUUCUGGAAUGGAAUUGGACACAGCCCAAGAACAAAAGGAACCUAGCUGGAGUUGGUGGUUUUACUUGCACAUCUUUUCGGGUUUAGCACUUACCUGAUCUGUGCCUUAUUGGACUUGUCCAAUUGAUGAAGUUGAUUCAUAUUGCAUCAUAGUUUGCUUUGUUAAGCAUCGUACUACAGUCAAGCUCUAUUUUAUGUUGUUAUUUAUAUACGUGGGGUUUUUGUAUGUAUGUGUUUUGCUAUUUAAUACUAACUUCCCAUAAGCUCUUUGGGUUAGUGUAUGGUAUAAGAUUUUGUUUGGAGAAAUAGGAUUAUAUAGACUUUAUUGUAAGCGGCAGCUCUGUGUAAGAAAACUAUUUAACAUUCUUCUGUUUAUAUAUUUUUAUUUCCUAAAUUGGUAUAAUUACCUGUAAAAGA